ACAAAAAAGAGAAGAACAGCUCUAUUUGCGCUAUAUUUUUAAUGAAACGCACUCUCUGUGUCUCUCUCUUUCUCUCUCUCAAUCUGUGUUAGUUUCAACAAUGGAAUUUUUGCAGGACGCUGGGAUCCGCGUUUCUCGAUCGCAGCAACAACCAGUUGUAUCACAUUCUCUUCUUUUUCGCGUGUAAUCUCCACCGAUGCGAAAAUAUUCUCUUCUACCCUUUCUGUCACUGGAUAUAUAUAAUCAAGAAAUUUUGAAGAAUUAGAAAGUGCUUGUCUGACAUUUCUUAAGAGGUAAUUGAGACGUUAGUGUUGGGUGUAUUUUUGAGUGCGCAAAUAAUGAGUACAGGAAGGGAUCAUCAGACGGUUCCGCUUUCGGUUCUGCUAAAGCGAGAAUUGGCAAGUGAAAGGGUAGAGAAACCUGAUAUAUUGCAUGGGCAUGCCAGUCAGAGUAAGAAAGGGGAGGACUUCACGUUGAUCAAGACGGAAUGCCAAAGGGUCGUUGGCGAUGGGGUCAGCACAUAUUCUGUUUUCGGGUUAUUUGAUGGACAUAAUGGUUCUGCCGCUGCAAUAUACACAAAAGAGAAUCUUCUAAAUAAUAUCACAUCCGCCCUUCCUCCUGAUCUUAACAGAGAUGAAUGGGUAGCAGCAUUGCCAAGGGCUUUGGUUGCAGGCUUUGUUAAAACUGAUAAAGAUUUUCAAUCAAAAGCACAAACAUCGGGAACAACCGUCACCUUUGUGAUAAUUGAAGGAUGGGUCAUUACUGUUGCAUCUGUUGGUGAUUCCCGAUGCAUUCUUGAAUCUGCUGAAGGUGAUGUCUAUUACUUGUCAGCAGAUCAUAGGCUUGAAUGCAAUGUUGAGGAGAGGGAGCGCAUUACUGCUAGUGGAGGUGAGGUUGGGCGACUAAAUACUGGAGGUGGUGCAGAGAUUGGCCCUUUAAGAUGUUGGCCUGGUGGUCUGUGUCUUUCACGAUCGAUUGGAGAUGUGGAUGUAGGGGAAUUUAUUGUUCCUGUUCCUUAUGUAAAGCAAAUUAAGCUAUCCACAGCAGGUGGUAGACUUAUUAUCUCAAGUGAUGGUGUUUGGGAUGCUUUAUCUGCAGAAGCGGCUCUUGAUUGUUGUCGAGGGAUGCCAGCGGAAGCUGCAGCUGCACAAAUUGUCAGAGAAGCUGUUCAUUUUAAGGGACUCAGAGAUGAUACAACCUGCAUUGUGAUUGAUUUAUUACCACAGGAAAAGCCACCUCCUCCUGCGCCAGCACCAACAAGGAGGCAGAUGAAGGGAAUGCUGAAGUCCAUGUUUCGCAGAAAAUCCUCAGAAUCAUCGUCUCACGUUGGUAAAGAACAUGUGGAGCCAGAUGUGGUAGAGGAAUUGUUCGAGGAAGGAUCAGCCAUGCUUUCAGAAAGGUUAGAUACGAAGUAUCCACUGUGCAACAUGUUCAAGUUAUUCAUGUGUGCAGUCUGUCAAAUGGAGAUGAAACCUGAAGAGGGUAUUUCAAUACAUGCUGGCUCAACUGAUUCAAGAAAGCUGCGUCCCUGGGAUGGCCCUUUCCUUUGCUCAAGUUGCCAAGAGAAGAAAGAGGCCAUGGAAGGGAAAAGACCAUCAGGAGAUAGACGCAAUAGCAGCGACAGUGACUAGCUUGCCAUCAUCCUACCAUGUUUGCAUUUUACAACACUAACAAUUGUUUCAAAUUUAACAUAAAUGGAAAGAUGGAAUUUUUUUUUCACACAAUUAGCCCCGUUCAAUUCUUAGGGGAUUCUGAACCAUUUGUGAUAAAGGAUGCAUUUGGAUCUCUCACAAUUGCUUACUUUGCUUCAAGUCAGAAGAGAUCAGAGUUAGAGCCAUCUGCAAUUUUAGAAGUCCGUUGCUGACUUCACGAGCAACAACAAUUAUGAUUGCCACCUUCAAAUAUUCUUGGAAGACUUUGAUAUGCUUGGCAGUGCAUGGUGACACACGUAAGGGAUUAUCUGUUUCCCGUCUUAUUUAAUUCUUCUCUUAUUCAUAGAGCUAAUGUCAAAUCAUUAUGGCCUUGUGUAAUAUUGUUAUAUAGGGAUAUAUAGAUUCAUUUUGAAAUGAGGCAAGAAACUUGUGUGAGCAGCCUACUCUAUGAAUUUGUUCAGUAUUAUUUUGAAUCUAACUUUUGUCAAGUAGGAAUGCAACCUUUUAUAAAUAGAAAAAUUGGCUAUGUUAACCAGUACUA